CAUUCUCUCUCUGGCGCGAAAAUUUUCAUUCCCCCGAAAAUUCCCCAAAAAUCCCAAACCCUUCCGCCUCCUUGCCGAAGAAGCUUCGUGGUGGCAGCGGCGAUCGGCGAUGGUGUUCCUGCAGCGCAGCAACCCGCGGAAGCGCCCGCCGCCGGCGCCCACGCCACCCGAGCCGCCGCCGUCAGCGUCAGCGUCAGCGUCCGCGCCCGCGCCCAACCUCUCCGCCGUCGACGCGGCAGCGGCGCUCCUGGCCGAAGCCGGCUGCACGCUCCUCGUCCCGCCGCACCUGCCCCCAUCCCUCCCGUCCCCGCCCGCCUUCGUGGCCCGCCUCACCCGCGACCUCGCCGCGGGCCCCGCCGCCGCGCGCCUCCUCGCGGGGCUCGCCGCCUUCGCCGACUCCCCCACGCGGCUCCGCCAGCUACUCCUGCCCUCGUCCCCGGGCUCGCCGACCAGCCUCGCGCGGGCGCUGCUCUCCGUCCCCGCGCUCCAGCCCGGUCUCCUGGGGCUCCUCCUCGACAAGCUGCCCGAGCACUUCGACGACGACGCGCUCGAUGGGGCGCCUCUGCAGGAAGACGUAGGGAGGCUCAUCAUCAAACAGUUCCGCUGGCUUGAUUUGCUUGUCGAUGCCGAUGCUUUCGUUGCCAAGCUCGUCGAGGUGCUCUCGGUGGCGCCGCCCCGGCUCAAGAAGGAGAUCAUCGGGUCCAUCCCCGAGAUUGUGGGCGACAGGAGUCAUCCUGCUGUGGUCUCCGCCCUGGAGAAUCUGCUGCAGGAGGACUCCCAGGUUGUGGUUGCUGUGCUCGAUACUUUGUCAGACCUUAACCUCAAUGCGCACUUGCAGGAGCAGGCGGUGACAGUUGCAAUAUCUUGCAUCCGGACAAUUCACGCGGACCAGAUGCCACAUUUGCUCAGGUUCUUGCUGCUGGCUGCCACACCAGUCAAUGCUGGGAGGAUUAUAUCGCAGAUCCGCGAGCAACUCAAGUUUGUUGGUGUGGUGGAUCCACGGGCCGCUCGGAGCAAGAAGCUGAAAGGGAAGGCAUCAGCAACUAGCACUGAUGGGGCAAUCCUUCAUGCCUUGAGAUCGGGCCUCCGGUUUAAGAAUAUGCUUUGUGAGGCCUUCUUGAAGGAGUUGAAAUCAGUUGACCACCCAAAGGAUCACAAAGUGAUCGAUGUUUGGCUCAUCAUGCUCAUCUACGCCAACGGUGGUGCUCUGCAGAAAAGUGCUGAGAAAAUACUAAAGUCCAAGAUCCUACAAGGAUAUAUCCGAGAGACACUGUUUAACCAAUGCAUUCGUGGAAAUACCGAAUUAGUAAAGGACCAUUUCAUGUCGUAUCUCUCAGUCAGUGAUUACCUGUUGGCUUGCAAGGAAGAGAAGGCUAGAGAAUUUGCUACCUAUCUGUUCACAGCUUUGUUUGAAGAAUUCGAUGAUACUUUUUCCAGGCAAGAGCUCAUAGGCUCAUUGAUAACUCAUAUAGGUUCUGGGGUCAGCUAUGAAGUUUCUUCUGCUUUGGAUAUUAUGAUUUCUCUGACGUCCAACCACUCUGAGGAACUGAUCCCUAUAGCUUCACAUAUAACUGGUAUUUUAGAUUACCUGGAGAGUUUUCAUGAAGAUAAUCUUCGAAAGGUUUAUGAGAUCUUCUGUAAUUUGGCACUGGCUGCUGGUUUCAAUAGUGGUUCAGGUGGCUCUUCUAUUGCUAAUGAACUUCUUAUGGUAGUGAGAAAGCAGGUUAGCAAUCCAGAUAUGAAGUAUAAGAGAAUGGGAAUAAUUGGUGCUCUAAGGAUAGUUUCAGCUAUUGCAGAUGCUAAUCCUGCUGUGAACUACUCGUCAUCCCAGCAACCAAAUGGUGAGGAGGCCCUGGGACUGCUAAAAAUGGCUGUUAACUCCUGCAAAUUUGUGACGAUGCCCUUAAUUCUUCUCUAUGAUGAAUUAGCUGCUUUAUUUGAGAGCACUGUUCUUCAUUCUGCAAUUACUGAGUGGGUUGGGGAACACGUUGCCGAAUUUGACACCCUUUUUCUUGCUGAUCUUGAUGAUGGACAGUUAUCAGAAAAAUAUCUUUGUGAGAGCAUUGAAGGGGAAUUGUGGAUGAACUUGGAUGGGAAUAUCUCCCCGAUAUGUGUAAAUAUUUUGCCUCUAGUGUCCACCUCUCCCCAAAAGUCCCAAGCCUGCUUGCAGAUCCUUGCUUCUCAAUUUUUACUUCUAACUACUAUUGAGCGUAAAGGAAGUGAAGGCUCCCUUGGUGGAAUAAAUGCACUCCUCGGUUGUCCUUUGCAUCUUCCCUCUGCCAAGAUCCUGGAUGAAUCUAGAUGGGCAAGCUUGUCAGAACUGGAGAAAAAAACAGUGUGUCACUCACUGUACUUUGCGAUAAACUGGAUUAGGGAGUUGCUUAACGCUUUCAGCACACAAGUUGCGGCCAGAGUUGAUAAUGUGUCACAAAGAGUAAGGGAUGAGACAGCAGUUAAACUUCUGAAGCGUCUGAGAAAUCUAAUAUUGCUUGAGAGCUUGCUAAACACCAUUCUUAAAAUUUAUCCUCUUUCUCUACCUGAGCUGCGAUAUCUUGGGGAAUAUGCUGGGUCAGCUAGCACCAGUAAGUUUAACCAUGGGAGGAAAAUGGAGGAAGAAAGCAUGGAGGGCCCAUCUUCGAACAAAAGAAAAAAAAGCCGCAAGGACAAAGCAGCUUCAGAUAAAUUGAAUUCUGAUGAGAAGCUCAAGCAAAGUACGAUACUAGAUGCUUUCAAAAGAGCUGGUGUAAUUAUCACUCAAGAAACAAACAAAGCUUCUUCACAACCAUUUCCAAGUAGAAUGAUGUCAAAGGAUGCUGAAAAUGAGGCUAAUAAUUCUGGUGAGCUUGGGCAUGUAGAUUUGAUCGCAGCACCUGUUCAACUGGAUAUGCAAAGAUUCAAAUUCAGAACUCUCAAUGUAUCUUGCUUAUCCUUAAUAAACUAUUCAGAGGCUCAGGAUUCAACUUAUUCAUAUCAUGAAUCUGAGCUACCUUUAUAUCUCUAUCUUCUCCGUGAUCUCCACAACAAAUUAGAUCAUCUAAAUCCGCAAAGCAAGCCGUUCUUUAGUACUUCUCAAGCAAAAUCCACUAGUGCUCAUUGCCAAAAGAGCAUAGGAAAACUUCUCAGCAAAAUACAGCCACUAUUCUCGAGUCUAAGGAAGCAUCUAGAUGAAGCAAUUUUGAUGAUCAAAGACAGAUCAGAUAGCUGCCCAGACAAUUGGAGUUCAUCUUCGGAUUCAGCAGGAAACCCACACAUACCAUAUGUGAUGGUCUCCAAGUCUUCAAUAGCCACUUCAGUAUUUAAGGAGGUUCUUGGCUGCUACAGGAAGUUACUUGGCAUUUCAGAUCUAUUGAAUCAAGCAAAUAUGUCAGUUCUGAAGGAGUUACUACAGACUUUCCAGCCAAGUGAAAAUUUUGAUGACGAUCUUUCAGAGUUCUGUCCACCUCUGGUGCCUAGUAAUGUUGAUUAUCUGUACAUUGGGGCAUAUAAAAUGUUUGAGGCUAUUAUGGAUCCAGUGUGUUUGUUCUCACACAUUCUGGCUUCUGACGUGCUUAUUACAAUGCAAUCAAUUUUAAAUUCCAUUGUCGCGCUGUUGGAAAAAUCUGUUGAAUCAAAUGGGAAGAAUAUGCACGUAGGAUGCUCCAAAGAGAUUAUUCCCUUUCUACGGAAGCAUCUUGCGUUAUCAGCCCAUAAGCUGCUAACUUCUGAUUUUCCUAGUGAAGAAAGGGAGAAUGGAUCGCAGAGUAAAGGAGAUCUUAUACCAAGGAUAUUACAAAUAUACCUCAGGAAUAGUGAGUCGACUUCAAAUCCGCUUCAUGACCUUUCUUUGGUGUUGACUCAGGUACCUUCUUCCAAAACUAAAAGUACUACCCAGGAAAUGUCGCAUGGUUUUCCAACAUUGUGUUCUUCCACUUUGCACUCUUGGUACCGUGUGCUGCAUGAGGAGAAUACUGGAAAUUUUAACAAGAUGAUCAAGCAAGCCUUGAAGACUAGAUCACAAUCAGUAGUAGCAGUGGAAAAUGUUCUGGAUGAAAUUAGCAAAUCAGUAACUGUGUUUGUUUCUCUAAUAUUUAUGUGUAAGAAACAUGAAAAGGUCGCGAUGCAUGGAAUGGCAGUUAAAUAUGGUGGGCGAUUCAUUGAUGCAUUUCUUAAAGCCUUCAACUUUCUAGAGACACAAUUUGGGCAACAUGGUGACCCUAUAGUUCAGAUGAUUAAAGACCUUCAGCAAGCAACAAGAAUAAUCCAAACUAUAUGUGCAGAGGCAAAGGGUAACAAGCGAACAAUGAUAACGAGCAAGAUACCUGGUGCAAAGAGAUCCAUGGAGCGGUUCGUGUUCCGAGUAAAGGCCCUCCUUGCACACUGCUCUACCGAGGAGAGCUGCAGCAUUGCUAAUCUGAAGCACAAGGACUUGCAUGGGCAUGUGGUGAGCUCCCAGGUGUAUGGCGACGUGGAUGACGACCUAAAUGAUGCAGAGCAAGAACAGAUGGAUACUGAUCCUGAAACUCCAGCCGACGAAAAUGAUGAUAACAUGAUGGAGGAAGAUGUGGCUGAAGAUGCCGAGGAGGCAACUCCAUUGGAUGACUGACCUCAUACGGAACAAGGGACAUGAGUUCACCAAUUGACAUGUCAUUCUAAAGGAAAGGAAACCAACUGACACAGCGUAUGUAGCAAGAUAAAUCUAGGCACCAGUCAAACUCACAUCGUGCUCUGCUCGCUUUUCCCAAGUCUUAUAUAUGCUGAGAUGACUCACUGGAUAGGUGCACAAUAUAUGUAUUGACCACCCAAAGUCCACCGUCGGCAUAAAGUGCACACACAUAGCACAGUUGAGUCAUUGGAAGGUGCGCACACAUAUAUCACUCGAUCAACUUUGGUUACUUCUCUUUAGCCACUGACUUAACUUUCAGUUGAAUCUAGUAUCAUGUGGUCUGUGGCAAACAGAUCUCCCAUCACCCAUGAACUCGACGGCCCAAUCCACAAGUGUCUUUGCUUCUUUAACCGCUGACUUAAUUUGCCAAUGGCAGGGAUAUAUAUGUAUACGUUAUCCAAGGAUCGAUCAAACUUUGAGUGGAAUCGGUCGUGUGGUCUGUGGCAAUCAGAACUCCUCACCCAUGAACUAAUAACUAGAUAGACGGCUAGCUGUCAAUGGACAAGGUUACAAUCUCUUCCGAUUGCAAAAGGUUGUUUCUGCAAAACUGCAACAUUAACCUGAUCUGGUGUUCCCCUCUACGUGCGUGCGUGGUGAUGUCCGCAGUGACGUUUGUCCGACAUGUGACCUGGGACGACCGACAUCUUGCGCGAUCCGCGUGUACAUGCUGUAGCUUUGAGCCUUUGGUCUUGCUUGGCUUCCAUUCAAGUGCGGGGAGACUAGCUAACGCGAAAGAAACUAUAUAGUGCACUGAACGAGUGAACGUACACAGCUAGCGUACGCAGAGAUGCGUGUCAUUACGUUGUUUUUCUUUCUCGGUUGGUUGACGUACGUGCACAUCGAUUGAUCAAUCGAUCGAUCGGCCUCUAGAGUUUGGAGUAGCAUAUUGCCCAUUUUUUUUACACCAUAUGUCGACGACUUAGGGCAUCCACAAUGUAUGUGUUGCCAAAUCUGACACGCUACAGUUAUAUAGCGUGAAUGCCAAAUUGCUAGACUUGCCACAA